AAUGGGAUUUAAACAUGCCCUCAGCUGUCUUCCGCUGGAAGACCCAUGGGUCUCCCGUCUGAUCCAGACUUUACAGGGUCCACCCACGUGGCCACGUGCUCUCAUCUGCUGACCUCUUCAAUUAGCGAAAAUGAUUUUUGCGUAGGAAGGAAUCGAUAAUGAAAAGGUCCAGGGGCCACCGGGCCACGACCCCACAAGGCCACAGGGUCCACGCCUCAGAAUCUUCCUCUGCACAAUUCGAUUCUGUCCGGGUCUUCCUCUGCACAAUUCGAUUCGAACACCAAGGAUAUAUAAGAGCCAUGGCGCCAAGGAUCACCAUCAAGCUGCUGAGCUGCACACACACUCCGUUCUCCAAAAAUGCUCAACUCCACCGUCGAGCUGAUCGCGCUCUGGGCGUCUUCUUCCAGCCCGUCGCUGCUGGCAUUCUGCGUCUCUCAUCUCAUAAUCGCUCUCCUCCUCCUCGCCGGCAGCGGCGCAGGCGCUGCCCCGGAGAUCAGCAGCCGCGCUGACGGAGAUCGCAGUUUGGAAGCUGAUGCAGUGGUGCAAGGGAGGGAAAUGAACCCUGGAGGACACAAGGGUCCCGUUGCCGGCGUCAAUGGCCGCGCGGAAGAAUGGCUGGUGCGAGCAGGCGACGGGGACAACGUUGAGACACUGGCGAGCGAAAACGGCAGAAGUGCGGCACGAGAGGAAGAGCCUGCAGCUACGGAUGCAUCGCAAGAGAAGCACGGAGACGACGUGGAACUGGAAGACGAGCUUAUGCUCCGAGCCGAAGAGUUCAUUCGGCGGAUGAACAGAGUCUGGAUGGCAGAAAAUUUGCGAGUUUUGUGUUGACUGUUGAGUUGUUGCUCCUUGGGUAUUAUUAAUUGUACUAUUAGCACAGAUUGCUGCAGGGGCAUUUUUAGUCCGGAAGGAAAUGUCUUUUAAAAUAAAAAUGACAGGUGCUAAGGGAUCCCACUUACAGCCUUAAAACGUCUCCAUCUCUAAAUAUGACCCUUCAAAUACCCAUUUGAUCAGCCUGCAAAAUAAUUAGAGCCUGUUUGAAAAACAGGGACUUAUUUUAAGUACCUGUCAC